AUGCUGCUCUACACCAAAUUCAUGAAGGACAUCCUCACCAAGAAGGGGAAGUACAUUGAUAAUGAGAGAAUUGUGGUGGAAGGCAAAUUUAGUGCAGUGAUACAAAGGAAGUUGCCCAAGAAAUUUAAAGACCCCGAGGGCGUGACAAUCCCUUGCACCAUAGGGAACGAAUCAGUAGGGAAGACUCUCAUUGACUUAGGGGCAAGCAUCAACUUGAUGCCCUUGUCAAUGUGUAUAAGAAUUGGAAACCUGAAGAUAGACCCUACCAAGAUGACGCUUCAGCUCGCAAAUCGAUCAAUCACUAUACCAUACGGGGUAGUAGAAGAUGUCCUUGUCAAAGUCCGUUACUUUACUUUCCCGAUAGAUUUUGUCAUCAUAGACAUAGAAGAAGAUAUAGAGAUUCCUCUUAUCUUAGGAAGACCCUUCAUGCUAAUUGCCAACUGCGUGGUAGAUAUGGGGAAUGGUAAUAUGGAAAUGAGCAUUGAUGAUCAAAAGGUAACCUUCAAACUUUUUGAAGCAAUUAAAUAUCCAGAGGAAGAUAUGAGGUGCUUCAAGGUGGAGGAGGUCGAUAAAGAAGACGUCGGUGCUCUUCAAACCACAUAG